AUGCCGCCAGUAAUAUCCGCUGCUAAGAAGGCUCCUUCGCUGAAGCUGCUCAUAGCGAGGUUGAACGAUGUCCAGGCUUCUUUCAACGACAUCUGGCGUUUCGUGGAAUACUACGAAGAAAAUGCAACUGUUACAGAUGUUGACAUUCGGUUAGAGAAGGUAGAUGAGCUAUGGGAGAAGUUUUGUGAUACAUUGGUAGAGAUUAGGGCACAUGAAGAUUAUCUCGCGGAUGAGGAAUCGUACGAUAAGGACCGACAGGAAUUUAGUGAUAGGUAUUAUCGAGCCAAAUCAUUCCUCGUAGAUAAAUCUAAGAAGCUGCAGGGUCCAAUGGGGCUGGAACAGUCUGUUCGAAUGAACGAUUCAGUGGUUUAUGGUGUUGAUCGCGUGCGUCUCCCUCAAAUAAGUUUACCUUCAUUCAAUGGGGACAUAGAUGAGUGGCUGAGUUUCCGAGAUCUAUUCACUUCACUCAUCCACCAUAAAACGGAGUUACCAGAGGUGGAGAAGUUCCACUACCUCAAGGGUUGUCUUCAGGGGGAACCGAAAAGCCUGAUAGAUCCGCUGAAAAUUACAAGGGCCAAUUAUCAAAUUGCCUGGGAUAUGUUGUUGAAGCGUUUUGAUAACAGUAAACAGUUGAGGAAACGUCAAGUACAAUCGCUAUUUAAGCUUCCAACAUUAACCAAGGAAUCAGUCAGCGAACUUCACAUCUUGUUAGAGGGAUUCGAGAGGGUCGUGAAAAAUUUAGAUCAAGUCAUAGAACCGGAGGACUAUAAGGAUCUACUGCUUGUCCACAUACUUACAGCACGACUUGACCCGGUAACACGCAGAGGCUGGGAGGAAUUCUCUACGUCCAAGGAGCAAGAUACAUUGUCCGACUUAACGGACUUCAUUCGGCGACGUGUUCAAAUGCUUGAAUCUCUUCCCAGCAAAUCCGUUGAUGUUAAAGGACCAAACCCACUCCAACAGUUUUCGAAACCGAGAACAGCGUUUACGAAAACCAAUUAUAGCAGCAUGCAGAGUUUCGAAGGGCGUUGUGUGGCCUGUAAGGGCGAGCAUCUAUUGUACCAAUGUCAAGUGUUUCAUCGGCUAGAGGUAGCGGAAAGAGACGCACUUUUAAGGACCCAUUCGCUUUGCCGCAAUUGUUUUCGGGUAGGACAUCAGGCGAAGGAUUGUAAAUCCAAGUUUUCCUGUCGAAAAUGCCAGGGUCGACACCAUACAUUGGUAUGCUUCAAGACAGAAAGGGAAGGCUUCAUGAAGGGUACGGUGGUUGCAAAGGGCAAGGAAUCUGGAUCAAAGGCAUCAACUUCAACCCAAACAGCAAAUGUGUCAACCAAAACCGUUUGCACAACGCAGCAGUUCUCUUCUCAGGUGUUACUGGCUACUGCUGUUGUCUUGAUGGUGGAUGAUAGUGGUCAGGUGUUCCCCGCUCGUGCUUUAUUGGAUUCAGGUUCCGAGAGUAAUUUUAUAUCAGAACGGCUGAGUCAGCGGAUGUGUGUCAGCCGAGAAAGAGUGGAUAUAUCGGUUCUAGGAAUAGGUGAAGCAGCUACAGAAGUCAAAUACCGAAUUCGGGCGAUGGUACGGUCGCGAGUGUCCGAAUACUCGAGGGACAUGGAUUUUUUAAUUCUGUCGAAGGUCACAGUGAAUCUUCCGACUUUAACGGUUAAUACGGAAGGGUGGUCGAUUCCAAACGGUGUUGAGCUGGCUGAUCCUGCAUUCUUCCAAUCGAAAGGAGUGGACGUUGUCUUGGGCAUCGAAGCAUUCUUCGAGUUUUUCGGAACUGGUAGAAAAAUUACGUUAGGUGAGAGACUACCAGCGUUGAAUGAAUCAGUCUUCGGCUGGGUAGUGUGUGGAGGUUUGUUAGUACCGAGUCAAUCAAUUCAAGUCAACUGCAACAUAUCUGCAUCAGGAAACUUGGAGUCAUUGGUCGCAAGAUUCUGGGAAUAUGAAGAGAUUGGAGUAUCAAACUAUUAUUCGCCGGAAGAAACUCGCUGUGCAGAACAUUUUGAACGAACGGUACAGCGUGGAAUAGAUGGCCGAUUCACGGUGACAUUGCCCAAGGAUGAGGGUGUCCUUCGUAGAUUAGGAAAAUCGAAAGAAAUCGCACUAAGACGUUUGCAGGGAACCGAACGAAGACUGUUGCGUGAUACUCUACUACGUGAUCAGUAUUUGGCGUUCAUGCAGGAGUACCUUCAGCUCGGUCACAUGAGAAGGGUUGAUAAGGUUUCUGAUGAGGUUCAACGAUGUUAUCUACCUCAUCACCCGGUAGUCAAGGAGACUAGCACUACCACAAAACUACGUGUUGUCUUUGAUGCAUCUUGUAAAACUUCGACAGGAGUAUCAUUAAAUGACGGAUUGCUGGUGGGGCCAGUGAUUCAGGAAGAUCUACGAUCAAUAAUUCUUCGGUGUCGCACGAAGCAGAUCAUGCUCGUUGCCGAUGUAGAGAAGAUGUUCAGGCAAAUAAACAUCUGUCAAAGGGAUAAACCACUGCAAUCGAUUCUCUGGCGAUCUUCUCCCGACGACGAGCCAGAGACCUACGAGCUGGGCACGGUCACGUACGGCACUAAACCUGCACCAUUUCUUGCUACUCGUACACUUAAGCAGCUUGCCAUGGAAGAAGUCAGUCGUUUUCCUCUGGCAGCCAAGGCAGUUUGUGAGGAUACCUACAUGGACGAUAUCAUUACCGGAGCGGAUGCAGCGGAUUUGGCCAUCGAGUUGAGGAUGCAGUUCGAUAAAAUGAUGAGUGCUGGUGGGUUUCACCUCCGGAAGUGGGCGUCGAGUUCUCAAUUAGUUUUAGAAGGAAUCAAAGAGGAAAAUUUAGCGAUUCGAGACUUGGAGGGUAUUAAUUUGGACCCAGAUCCGUCAGUGAAGACACUGGGCCUGACUUGGCUGCCGAAAACAGACACUUUAAAGUUUCAAUUCAAUAUUCCGUUACCGAUUACAACCACAGCACUAUCUAAGCGACAAAUCCUUUCGGUAAUAGCUACGCUGUUCGACCCUUUGGGACUCCUGGGAGUUACUAUUACAAGAGCCAAGAUAUUUAUGCAAAUGUUGUGGACGUUGAAAGAUGAAAAGGAUGAAAGGAUGAAUUGGGAUACCCCGGUACCUUCGACGGUGGGUGAGAUCUGGCGCAGUUAUCACCGACAGCUUUCACUACUAAAUGAAAUCCGGAUUGAACGCUGUGUUAUAAUACCAGAUCCAAUUCUGGUCGAGAUACAUUGCUUCUCUGAUGCGUCUGAGAAAGCAUAUGGAGCAUGUGUAUACAUCAAGAGCAUGGAUUCGAGUGGAAGACCUCAACUGCUACUAGGAGCAAUAAGACUCCGAUAUUGGCCAUUAGGUGGAAGGAAUCUCGCUCGCUACACUGUGCAUCACUGCCAAAAGUGUUAUCGAUCAAAACCGUCUGCAAUCCAGCAGUUCAUGGGAGAGCUGCCAUCGGCACGGGUCACCGUAUCUCGUCCGUUCUCACGAACGGGCGUUGACUACUUCGGACCACUUUAUCUAAGAUUAGCCCCGCGACGACCAGCAGUGAAGGCCUAUGUAGCGAUCUUCGUUUGUAUGUGUACCAAGGCAGUACACUUAGAGCUGGUGAGUGAUUUAUCUACCGACCGGUUUCUGCAAGCGCUGCGGAGAUUUAUCUCAAGGAGAGGGAUGUGUACGGAUAUUUACUCCGACAAUGGCACCAACUUCAUCGGAGCUCGCAAUAAACUUCGGGAAGUAUUGAAAUUGCUGAGAGAUAGCAGCCACCGAAAUCAAGUGUACAAGGAGUGUUCCAAUCAAGGGAUUCAAUGGCACUUUAAUCCACCUAGCGCGCCACACUUCGGAGGCUUGUGGGAGGCAGCCGUACGAUCAGCAAAAAACCAUUUAUUGAAGGUUCUUGGUGAGAGUGUGGCGACUCCCGAGGAUAUGAGCACAUUGCUCGUUCAAGUGGAAGGAUGCCUUAAUUCAAGACCGUUAACACAAAUGUCUGAGGACCCGAAUGACUUGGAACCGUUGACACCGGCCCAUUUCCUCAUAGGAACUUCUUUACAGGCGAUUCCGGAAGAAAAUGUGGAAACAAUGCCCACUAAUCGUUUGAAUUAUUGGCAGUUAAUCCAGAAACGGCUACAAGACUUCUGGAAGAGAUGGCGUAGAGAUUAUUUGGCCCAGCUGCAAGGAAGGAUGAAGCGAUGGAAACCACCUGUUGACAUCGUAGUUGGUAGGUUGGUAAUCAUUCAAGACGACAAUCAGCCCCCUAUGCGGUGGAAAAUGGGAAUAAUUAUGGAGGUACAUCCUGGGGAUGAUGGAAUUGUGCGGGUGGUGACACUUAAAACAUCUGCAGGAAUAUUGAAACGACCGGUGGAAAAAUUAUGCGUUUUGCCAAUCGAAGAACCCAGCAAUUAA